AUGGCGCCCCCGGACUCCAGGUGCUCCAAGUGCAGAAGAUACUGUCGCCGAGUGACCACGUUCCUCUUCUCACACGUAGGACUAUGCGGUCUCGUGGUUGGUUACAGCAUCGUUGGAGCCUUCACUUUCGAAGCUCUGGAGGCUGGAUACGAGCUGGAGAAGAGGCGGACGAUGCUUAGGGAGAGAGAGACUCUUGUAUCCGAUCUUUGGAUGCUAACAGCUGGCAGCAGCGUCCUCUCCGAGAUAAACUGGACCUCCAUGGCCAUAGAGACUUUGCAGGAUUUCGAAACCACUUUGGUCAAGGCAGUGCGAAAGGAAGGAUACGACGGAAAAGACGAAAGCCCUCUGCAAUGGACAUUUUCUGGGGCUCUUUUGUAUUCCAUCAUUGUCAUCACCACCAUCGGAUACGGAAAUAUUGCCCCAAAAACGUCAUGGGGUAAAGUGGUGACUGUUUUGUACGCUAUAAUAGGAAUUCCUCUCUUGCUGCUGUGUCUCUCGAACAUAGGAGAUGCCAUGGCACAUUCUUUCAAGUUCAUCUACUGGAAAGUUUGCUGUUAUCUGUGCGUGCGACCCAAGAAGCGGCGGAAAAGGGUACCACUCCACAAACCUAUGACAUUGCCAUACCACAAACCUCCAGUUCAGAACACCAUCCACCAACGGCCUGUCCAGUCUCGACCAGUAACAGAAUCGCCGAAUCUAGCAUCCAGCAGUACUUACCACACAGCUCAAAGUCAUUCUUCCCCAACGAUCAGUUCAUCCACUUCCUCACCUAUAAAUGAAUUGCAACCAUACAUUCCUGUAUCGGCUUCGCUCAUAACCUCUAAUAUGAAUAAUGGUCAUUUCCAAGGUCAUACACGAGAUAUUCCUCUGGCUCCUGUGAUAACUAAUAAGUAUGCCUUACAAGAAGACGUGCAUGUAGAUGGCCAAUUAAAAUUACUGCACGGCAACGACUGUUCUGCAGUUCGUAUGGAUCCCAGCAUUUUCACCAUACUGGACUCUAAAAGGUUACUUUGGAAGCAAGACCAGGCUUACCAAGACACGAACUUAAACAUGCUGGAGGGUGACGACUCCUACUCGCAGGGGGACAUGAACGAGAGCCUAGAGGACGACGAAGAAGUCAGCGUGCCUAUGUGGCUCUGCGUGGCCCUGGUGGUCGGCUACAUCUGUGGGGGCGCCGUGCUUUUCACAUUCUGGGAAAAAUGGAACUUCUUGGACAGCUCGUACUUCUGCUUCGUCACCUUGACUACCAUAGGAUUUGGUGACCUGGUGCCCGGUACCGCCGUUAUCUCUGACGACAACCAACUCACGCUGGGACUAUGCUCUUUGUACCUCCUGUUCGGGAUGGCCCUGCUCGCGAUGUCUUUUAACCUGGUACAGGAGGAAGUGACGAGAUCCGUCAGGUGCGUGGGAAAGAGGAUCGGAAUUAUAUCUGAUGACGAAGAUGACUGAAAUCAGACACGGUGGUCACUCCUGGUGCUAAAUAACAAACACUGGGACUGUGCUCUUUGUACCUCCUAUUCGGGAUGUCCCUGCUCGUGAUGUCUUCUAACCUGCUGCAGGAGGAAGUGAUGAGAUUCGUCAGGUGGCGUGAGAAAGAGGAUAUAGGAAUAAUAUCUGAUGACGAAGGCGCGAAGAUGACUGAAAUCAAACACGGCCAUCAUCCCUGGUGAUAAAUAACUCACACUGGGACUUCACUCUUUGUGCCUGUUGUUCGGGAUGGUCCUGCUGGCCACCUCUUUUGAUAUGGUGCUGGAAGAAGUGAUGAAAUCUGUAGGAUACGUAAGAAGUAGGAUAGGAAUCAAAUUCGAUGACAUACGGAAACCAUCUCUGACGGUAACCAACUCCCACUGAGACUGUGCUCGGGUACACCUGUGGAAGCCCCGUGCGUUUUACAUACUGGGAAAUUAAAACUUCUUGAACAGCUCGUACUUCUGCUUCGUCGCUUUAACUACUAUAGGAUUAGGUGAUCUGGUGCACGAUAAUGAAGCUGUCUCUGACGAAAAUAAAUUCACACUGGGACCAUGCCAUUUGUACCUGCUGUUCGGGAUGGCUCUGGUAACCAUCUUUCUGACCUGCUGCAGUAAGAAGUGAUGAUAUCCGUCAUUUGCAUAGGAAACAGGAUAGGGAUCAUAUCUGAUAAUGAAGAUGACUGCUAGCGGAAACGUCCUUUUGCAGUGCUUGGAGCCAUUCCUAGUGUGAUCUUUAUUUUUCCUUGGAAGGCAAACUGGAGCUUGAGAGACAUGUCUGAAGGAACUACCUUAUAUCGAUAUGAAUGACUUGAUAAAAUGCUUUUUGUGGUAUUGCACGGCAUUGAUGGAGAAAAGUAACUGUGCUCGGCCUAUUGUGACAAAUACUAUCACUUUUUAUCAUAAUAACCUAUCCAGUGAAACGGAAGA